AAGCAGGAAAGCUUUGUUUGCUGACAGGACAGAUCUUAUCACUGUACUCUAUUCCCCUAGGCCCUAGAGACAUUCGACACUUUCACUGUUCAGUGGAUCUGCUACUAAAGUAAUACUGGACUCAGCAGAUAGUGACCCUCUGCCCAAGAUGAGUAGCUUACCGAAGCACAGACACUAUCUCUACAAUCUCUACGAUCGUCAACUUUCCCGCGACCCGUUUCCACGUCUCCCCUUGUUCCAACGUAACUUGUACUCGUGCAAAUCCUUUGUGCAGAGACUGAGACUAGAGAAACAACUCGAGGGUCAUCAAGGAUGCGUCAAUUGUAUCAAUUUCUCGUUCAGUGGACAACUGUUAGCAUCGGGUAGCGAUGAUCUACACCUGAUACUAUGGGACUGGGCUCGAGGCAAAGUUGUGGGUAAAUACGACACCGGGCACGUUGCUAACGUCUUCCAGGCCAAGUUCAUGCCGUUCACUGACAAUCAGGUGAUAGUUACAGCUGCCAGAGAUGGACAGAUACGACUCAUGGUUCUCUCAUCCACGGGGGAGGUCGUUCACUCCAAGAGGGUGGGACACCACAACGACUCUGCUCAUAAGCUCUCUGUACAACCUGACUCGCCACACCUGUUCCUCAGCUGUGGAGAAGAUGGCUCCGUCCUCGCGAUGGACCUGAGAGAGGAGAGCAGGACACGAGUGCUGGUUUGUAGGAACUCCAAGAACAGAAGGAUUCCUCUCUACUCCAUUUUUAUUGACCCGUCCGAUUACAACUACUUUGCUGUGUCAGGCAGGGACCAGUACGCAAGAAUUUACGAUAGACGGCUAUUAAGAGAAACAAGCGACAGAGUGGAACCGGUAAAGACAUAUUGUCCUCAUCGUCUGCAAGCCCCUGAACAUGAGUAUAAGCAGGCCAGCAUCACUUGUCUUGUCUACUCCCACAAUGGAAAGGAGCUACUGUGCAGUUACAACGACGAUGACAUCUACCUGUUUGACACCACCCACAGCACAGGGGCGGACUAUGUCAAGAGAUACACUGGACACAGAAACAGUGCCACAGUGAAGGGUGUGAACUUCUUUGGUCUUGAGAGUGAGUACAUUGUUAGCGGCAGUGACUGUGGCCACGUGUUCCUCUGGGACAAGAGCAGCCAGGAGAUAGUGCAGUGUAUGGAGGGGGAUGAAGAGGGAGUGGUGAAUUGUCUGGAGCCCCACCCCCACAUCCCAGUGCUGGCCACUAGUGGACUGGACCACACUGUCAAAAUGUUCACACCUACCGCCGCUCAGCCCACCAACCUGGACGGCCUUGACAAUCUUGUGCAAGAAAACACGUCCCGUCGUGAGGAGGAGGCGGAGGGUACACCCGUUGGACUGGAGCUCUUCAUGGAUUUUAUCAUGAGACAGUAUCGAAGGGGCUUACAGCGAGAGAAUGGCAUCCUCAAUGAGUUCAGUGACUCUAGUGAUGACGAUGACAGAGCGGACGAGGACCUGAGCGAGGGAGAGGAGAGCAGAGAGUUGGACCAAUCCACCCCCUCCUUUGACAACGAGGAACCAGACAGCGAGGAAGAUGACAGACGGAAAGAAAGACAUGCUCACCAGUGACUAUUCUACUCUUUUUUAUUAUCAGUGCCGCAAACUCAUUUAUCAUAUCACACAGCCUACAUUGUAUAUAGAUUAUAUGUGUUUGGUGGUUUCAAUCAUUGUUCAGCACAUGCAUGUUUUCUGUGAUCAUUUUGUCUAUAUACUGUUCUCGAAUAUUCCAAACACAUUUUCAAAGGUAUUUUUUUUGAUAGGA